CCCAAAUCCUGCCAUCCCUUUGUGCUUUUCAAUUAUUCAAUUGCCUCAGCAACCCACUGCAGCUCGCGAUUCAUAGAGAAAGCCACCUCUCCCCGCCAUUCUUCCCUUCCAACACCCACCCAACCACCAAUUCCACCUUAUCUUUCGAUUUAUUUUCCUCUUAUACCUGAUUUCUUUGCAAGUUUUGAUUUUCUUCUCCUCUCUCUCUCUCUCUCUCUCAUGAGGAAACCCAACGAUGGCCGAUGGAGAUGAGCCCAGUUGAGCCAUGCUCUGGAGCUUCCGACCCGAAAAUAAUGGUUGUGCUUGAAAUCACAUUUAAGAAGAGGUCAAGGUGGUUCUAAACAACCCUGUCAGUUGAAG